AUGUCUUCCCGCGACGGCACAUUCGCAGGCGGAGACCCGAACGUCGUCCGCUGCGUCAACUGCUCACGUCAGCCCAUGGCGAGCGAGCGAUUCCAGCGAUGCGGUGGUGCCUGUCUCAUGAAACCCCGUUACUGUGGUCGCGAGUGCCAAAAAGCCCACUGGAAAGCCCACAAGUACGUCAUCACCAAUCCGUACUAUUUCAUUCACCAAUCGUCGUCUAGAUAUGUAUGCAAGUCGGACGCGGUCGCCGCGGUACGGUCGCCCGAACAGCUUGCGGACGAGGCGACGGUGAACAAGUUGAUGACGCAAUUCAUCGAGUCGCAGCAGUGGGCGCUCAAGACGAUCACCAUGGCCUCCGCCUUCCUCCACUACGGACCUGGAUUCGCGGCCGAGUUCGAGGGCCGGUUCAUCGACUUCAAGGUUUCCUUCUCCAGCGCUGUUCCUCUGCCCGUGUCCUCUUUCCCGCUCAGGUCCAGCGACAGCCUCUCCUCCUCUUCCCAGCCCACAUCGCCUUCGAAGCCCACCACCCCCACCAAAGCUGCUGCUCCUGGAAGGCCCCCGACCUCGCCCCCAUCCCCCAGCCGGCCCGACCCCGCGGGUGCGUUCGAAGUCGUCGGCGUGCGCUUCCCGCCGUUCGACGACUGGCCGCUGCCGACCAAGUCCGCGGCGUCGAAGCGCGCGCACGUCGAGGAGCACCUCCGCGCAGCGCGCAUCGAGUUCACGGCGGACGUCCCGGGGUUCGACGCGCGCACGGACACCGUCUUCCUCGUCGUGCUCUCGCUCGACCGCGGGAUCAUGCAGUCGAUGGUCACCAUCCCCGUCUUCCGCGCGAGCUUCCUCCGGCACGACCUCGGCGGGCCCGGGGAGCACUCGCACGAGGAGCGGCACGCGAUCGUCGAGGACAUCCGCAACAUUGCGUUGUGGAGUCUCGAGGCGGGCCUGUCGUUCCGCCAUCGGAAGGACGGGCUGGUGUACCCUGGCAAGCUGAGUAGGGUGAAGAAGAAGUGGGUGUGGGAGCCGCUGUUUGACAAUUGGGACGUGUACAUGAGCGGACGGGCGGCGUGUGGGCGGCUUCCGGGCUUUGAGAACCUGCGGUCGAGGGUGCCGCCUGACGAGCUGAUGAGGCUCAGUCGGUGUUUCUGA